UUUGGGGUCUCAUCAAGGAUUGGUGCGCCCCCAGACUCAAUUCCAGGUUCGGUUGGAGGUAAGAGCUAGCUCAGUUUUCGUUUCGUGUUGCUAUUGUGUGUGUGUAUGUCUUCGGUGUUUCGGAAAAUUGUACCUGUACAGGGCUUGUUUCGCUUGGGCCAGCGGGGGAGGCAGACGUGCCCUGAGACCCCUGGUCCUGCUCUGGAGGAUGCUCCAAGAGUUUUGUCGGGGAGGGAGAGAGAUCAGGUCUCUCUCCUCUCCGGGAAUCCUGGCCGUGGUCGGCCGCUCCCCUCUCAAUUCGAACUUUCGGUUUGUUGCCGAUCAGUUGCUGCGCAGCUUGUGUGGUUUGUUCUGUUCGUCUGUCUAGUCGGUGUCCUGUACGUUGUCAAUUCAAUUGUUUUACCCAUGGGUCAACAACUAACUACUCCUUUAAGUCUGACUUUAGGACAUUGGAAAGAGGUCACGAAAUGGGCACAUAACCAGUCAGUGGAAGUGUGCAAGAAAAAGUGGCUGGCUUUCUGUACCUCUGAGUGGCCCUCCCUUGAGGUCGGAUGGCUGCAGGAUGGCACUUUUAACCUUACUAUUAUUUUACAGGUCAAAGAGAAGGUUUUCCAACUGGGACCACAUGGACAUCUGGACCAAGUGCCCUAUAUUGUCACCUGGGAGAGUCUCUUCCGGGAUCCCCCAACAUGGGUUAAGCCUUUCCUUUCCUCUUUAGGGGCACAGACCCCGAAACCUGGCCCCAGGCCUUCUUCAACCCCACUCGUGCCCUUACCUUUGGCGCCGCUCACUUUUUCUUCCCUUCUUCCCCUGAAUGAACCACCUAAGCCUAUGCCUAAAACUCCACCAGUUCUCCCAGACACUCAGGAAAAUCUUCUACUUCUAGACCCUCCUCCUCCGUACCCUCCUCAGGUCCCACCACAAUUGGUUCAGGAACCCCAGGACCCUGAGCCAUCCUCCCCCGACUCCACCGAAAUGGGAGGGUUAGAGCCUGCCUCCUCCCCACCCUCUUCGCCUGCGGCUGCGGAGGGAACGUGCCGGUGGCCCGGAGGGUGUCUGGUCCUCUCAAGCAUUUCCUUUAAGGUCGGUGGCCGGCCAGAUUCAGUAUUGGCCGCUCUCCGCCUCCGACCUAUACAACUGGAAGACCCACAAUCCCUCCUUUUCCCAAGACCCCCAAGCUUUGACCGGAUUCUACUCACUCACCAACCCACUUGGGAUGAUUGUCAGCAACUUUUACAGGCCCUCCUCACCACGGAGGAAAAACAGCGAGUCAUAUUAGAGGCUCGUAAAAAUGUGCUGGGAGCAGAUGGCAGGCCAACCCAACUGCCUAACGAGAUCGAGGACGUCUUCCCUCUGACUCCCCCGGAGUGGGACUACAACACCGUGGCCUGUAGGGAGCGACUCCGUGUCUAUCGCCAGACUCUGUUAGUGGGUCUCAAAGGGGCAGGGAAGCGCCCCACCAAUUUGGCCAAGGUACGUGCGAUUAUCCAGGGUCAGGAAGAGACGCCGGCAGGGUUCUUAGAAUGUUUAAUGGAAGGUUAUCGCAUGUAUACCCCUUUUGACCCUUUGGCCGCUGAACGCCAGUUGGAUGUAAUUAUGUCGUUUAUUGGACAGUUGGCUCCCGAUAUCCAAAACAAAUUACAACGACUGGACGGGCUGCAACAGUAUACAUUACAGGACCUACUAAAGGAGGCAGAUAAAAUUUUCAAUAAAAGGGAAACACAGGAGGAAAAGGAAGAAAGAUUACGCAAAGAGCAAGAGCGGAGGGAGGACAUCUGGGACAAAAAGCGGAAUCGAGAAUUAACCAAAAUUUUGGCCACGUGGGGGCGCCUCAAGCUGCCAGAAGGAACAAGGUUCCAGGGAAAUCGACCCGGAGUCAAUUGGGAGGUAGACUUCACCAAGGAUAAGCCAGGAAAAUAUGGUAACAAGUAUCUCCUAGUUUUUAUAGACACCUUGUCUGGGUGGAUGGAAGACUUCCCCACCAAACGAGAAACCGCUCAAGUGGUUGUCAAAAAAAUCAUCGAGGACAUCUUCCCGCGAUUUGGUCUCCCUCAGGUAAUUGGGUCUGAUAAUGGGCCUGCCUUCGUCUCCCAGGUAAGUCAGCUGGUGGCCAAAAACACUGGGGAUAAAUUGGAAAUUACAUUGUGCUUACAGGCUCCAAAGUUCAGGACAGGUAGAGUGGAUGAAUAG